AAGAUAUUGGUCCUUAGUCGAUGAUUAUUUCUUUUUUUAUUGUUAAGGCAAGCACUACGUACUUGUAAUGUUGGUAACAUUGUUAAUAAAGAUGUCGGACGACAGUGGAAUACUUUUCUGACAAAAUUCUAAGGAAAUUGAAUUUUAUUGUUUAACGUGACUAUCUAAACUCAGUUUAAUUUCAGCGUAUGUAAUUACAGUUGUGAACACACAACACAAUGGUUAAGAAAAAGAGACAGAGCGAUCCGGGGGAGAACGGGGACGAAUCGACGGAGUCGUGCGAGGAGAACGUCAAGUCCGCAUGUCCUCACGUCGCUAAGGCGGUGGACCUCACCCGCCUCAAGAAGUCGCUUAAGGCGGGCGGCUUCGAUAAGGAGUGCGCUGAGUGCAAAAAAACAGCCAAAAGCGAAGUUUCCGACCCGGAUUUCGAGGAAGACCUGUCUCUAUGGAUGUGUUUACGUUGUGGCUCGCAGCUGUGCGGGCGAACGCGUAACAAACAUGCGCUAAACCACUUCAACACGCCGCACUCUGACUGCCACGCGCUCACCGCGAACACUACCACUUGGGAGGUGUACUGUUACAAUUGCAACAAUGAAGUGACAGCCUCCACCGCCAAGAAACUCCACGAGUGCGUCGAGUACUUGAGGAAGCAGGCCAUGGCGGGCGGCAACUCCAAGGCGUCACCACCUAUCGAGUUACCAUACAACCAGAUAAAGGAUACCCCAAUAAUAGAAAAUUUCACAAAAGAUAUUGUAAAGGGAAAAGAUAAAGCCAUGUUGAAUCUUCCUCGAGUAAGAGGAUUGUCAAAUCUUGGCAACACAUGUUUCUUUAAUUCUGUGAUGCAGUGCUUGGUCCAAACUCCAUAUUUAUUGCAAGUGUUGCAAGAGAUGGCCUCUCCGGGAGAGAGGUUUACAUUACCAGGAGGCAAGCUGAAGCUAAGGAAUAAUGGAGAUGAUGGGAAGGAAGUGGAUUUGCCUCCCAUUACAGGACAAUUGGGAGAGUGGGGCACGCUUACACGCACCCUAGCUGAGACUUUGGAGGAGCUACAAGCAGGCGAAGGUGGCGUGUACACACCGCGCAAGCUGCUGUCGUCGUUAGUAAACAAGCUGCCGCAGUUUGGCGGCGGCGACCAGCACGACGCGCACGAGCUGCUGCGGCACCUGCUCGAAGCUGUCAGAUCUGAAGAUCUUCGCCGCUACCAGUCGGUGAUCCUGAACAGCCUGGGCAUGAGCUCGAAAGUAGACCCGGCCAAGGUGGACGGAGAAGUAAAGCAGAAGGUGAAGUUCUACGGACAGCAGGCUUCAGACACGAUGCUUAGACCAGAACAGGUGUUCAGAGGUUUCCUCGUAUCAACGCUGGAGUGUCAAGACUGCUUGCAUCAGUCAGACCGCGCGGAGUACUUCCUCGACUUGUCCCUGCCGGUCGCCGCCAGCAGGCCGCAGCCACCAGCUAUCGUGCGAAGGAAAACACCUAACGAAGACAAUAUGUACAAUACACAAGAGGAGAACAAACCUUCGAAACAUCAACUCAAGAAGGAACGGAUGGCCGCCAGGAAGGCCGCGCGCAAAAACAAAGGUAACUCGACGAGUAAAGACGAGAACGGCGCGGAGGCCAACGGUCCCAAGGAGGACGGUAAGUCGUCCUCCGAGCAGUCCGACGCUGAUGUGGAAGACAACCUCGAGGACAUGCCUCGCGCGGCCGACACUCACACCGUGUCCGUGGGCACGCAGGCCAUCGCGCACACUGCUGCCAACUUCGCCGCCUACCACAUGGAGUCCGGCUACAACUCCGAGAAGGUGAUAAGCUCCGACUCCAUCAGGACGAGUCCGGUCGACCUGGACAAAGAGAAGGCGGAUAACACCCCGGAAAAUGCGGAUAAGGAUAAAGUAGAAUUUGGAACGUCGACGACGGCGAUACCGCUUGAGUACAAGCCUCUAAUACCACUCGAGAAUUUGUCCAAUCCAGAUUCAGGAGUCGCCAGUCCAGAGGCCACCAAACAUAACUCUACAGAAACCGUGGAUAAUGUGGACUCACCGACCAAUGGCAAAGAAUUGGGCAGUCAUAGUUCGCUAUCUAGUGAAAUAAACCUAGAUCUGUCAAGUCCCCAACAUAACAAGCUGUCUCCAGUCAAAACUGAGUUUGAAAGGCCUGUUUCGAGGAUAUCUUUCGUCCCUGAAUACUCCAAUGAAGUGGUGUCACGAGGUAUAAGCGUGCAGGGAUGUAGGAAUCUUCUGGAGCACAGUGGAGAGAGCAGUUACGAGUCUUUGCCGGAGAGCAAGGCGAUCAACGACUUGAACAACCAUUUGGACAAGCUGAAGCUGUAUAAUGUAGACGACCCGAAGACCACGAAGCCACUACCGUCACCUUUAGCUGCAGAGAGUAUUAUUCCCGACCCCGGCUCCCCGCCCGUGCCGCGGCCGAAAGUCAAUAACGUAGAAGCAGAAAAACAAAGAGACUUCCUGCCGUACACGCGACAGAGCCCGCUCUCUCCACGAUACAUCUGCGACGAAGACGAAUGCAGCAUCCAGUCGUGUCUCAGUCAGUUCACAGCUCUAGAAUUGCUCACUGGUAACAACAAAGUUGGAUGUGAAACUUGUACUGAACGAAUAAACGGUAAAGAUGGAAAGACAGUGUACACCAACGCAACCAAACGUUUCCUGGUAUCUAGUCCACCCGCCAUCCUGAUUCUGCAUUUGAAGAGGUUCCAGAUCGGACCGCGGUGCAUGUUCAGGAAGAUGUCGAAGCACGUCGACUUCCCGACAAUUCUUGACUUGGCACCGUUCUGCGCUAUGGAUAAAGUGAGGAAGCUGCCCAAUGUGAACCGUGGUCAAAACGAGUUACUGUACUCUCUAUACGGAGUCGUGGAGCACUCGGGGGGCAUGCACGGCGGCCACUACGUGGCGUAUGUGAAGGUGCGACAGCCGGUCAAAGCCGGUGAUCCCAAAUGGUGGUUCUUGCCAAAGAGCGCUAACACGAUGCCAAACAACGCCGGCAGCGGCGACGCCGACGCGGACUCCGAAUCGGACCUCUCGGGCUACGAGUCUGGCGAGGGACCCACGUCGGCCGCCGAGCCACCCUCCGGCAAGUGGUACUACGUCUCGGACAGCAUGGUGUCUGAGGUCACAGAGGAGAAAGUGCUCAGGGCACAAGCGUAUCUUCUGUUCUACGAAAGAAUUUUAUAAACGGUUUCCUAUGAGUAAUGGAUGGGAUGAGAUGAAGGCGUACAGAGUUUUACUGCGGACUGACUGCUUAUCGGGUGCUAGAAUCAUUAGACAAAAAUAGUAUACGGUUGACGGUUGUUUGAAACAAUACAUUAGAUUAUCAUUUCACCCACAUAUAAACAGUAAAACGCUGAAAUUUGCCUUCAGUCUCAGCUGAUUGAACGGAGUGGCCUAAUGUUUGGGUUGGCAUUUAAGUGGAAGACUGAAGCUUGUAGGGCCGGUUUAUACGUGGUAGAAGUGCAUGCAUAUUGUUUUAACCGCUGUAAAUAGCUUGAAGUAAUACCGGCUUUAUUUCGUUCCGUCAACGCGGAUUGAUCCAAAUUUGACAAUUUAACUGUACUGCCAAGAACGGUACAAUAUCCAGACAAUUACACAUUAUUGACGUGAUGUAUAGAGGCAAUAUAUAAGCAAGACCGAGUCAUUAUAGCUAUGUAUUACGUGUGAACAGGAAUUGAUAUUCGUAAUAAACAGUUAUGCGAUUGAUGUUAUAAAAUAUGACACGCUACCAAUAUUAAAAUAGGGGCGGUCUAACUUCAAUUGCAUAGAUUUUCCUAAGAACUUAACUUUUGAUUUACAGUGAGUGCAUAAUCUGAAACGUACCAUGACGUUCGGCAAUAUUUUUGCCAAGGAUACGUUGUAUAACCUCCGCUAUUUCUGUUCAAAUAAAGUCCAAAUUAAACUGGCAUUCUAUUAAUCUACACCUAAAGAAUGCUCGUUCGUUAUAGACGAGCCGCUACCAUUAAUACCAAAAGAAUAAUUAUGUAUUUACAACUCAAAUAAGAAUAAAUGAAUCAUGCGUUGGAACGUAUAAAUUAUGUUUACUUUGAAUUAUUUUUAUUUACUUGUGUGUAAAUCGUUGGCACACUAGUAUUCAUAUUUAAUUUAGAAUAUGCGAAAGGUACACAAUUUUAUUUUAGAAAUCAAAUAAUGCUUCGUAGCUCGUACGCAUUACGUUAUAAAAUACGAUAGUCGGAUUUAAUAAAAGACAAUUGUCUCUUAUGCUGCUAUCCGCAUAGUGUUUACGAGUUGUUAAGCACUCAAUCAUCUAAUUAAAAA